CAGCUCGCGCUCGGGCAGCCGGGGCGCGCCUCAGCCUCUCUGUCAGCCAAGGGCUCUGGCCACCCGGCCGGCGUCCCCGCGCAGCCACAUGGCCCUGCUCGGCGCGCUGCUGUCUUGCCUGCUGCUCUUGCGCUGUGCACUCUGCGCCGCCGCGCGCGGCCGGACCCCAGAGCUGCGCCUCUCUGGAAAGCUCAGUGACUACGGCGUGACAGUGCCCUGCAGCACAGAUUUUCGGGGGCACUUCAUUUCCCAUGUGGUGUCUGGCCUAGCAGCAGCCUCCCCAGGGAGUGUGGGAGUGGACAAGCCACCUGUACUACCAGCACACUCCAGUCACCCCCGGGUGGCUCGGAGCCCCCUGCGCCCUGAAGGAGGGACCCUGCAGCCUGGCAGGGCGGGCCGCUACUCCCUUUACUUCAACGUUACUGUCUUUGGGAAGGAACUGCACUUGCGCCUGCGGCCCAACAGGAGGUUGGUGGUGCCAGGAGCCUCCGUGGAGUGGCAGGAGGAUUUUCGGGAGCUGUUCCGGCAGCCCUUGCAGCAGGAGUGUGUGUACACUGGAGGCGUCACUGGAAUGCCUGGGGCAGCUGUUGCCAUCAGCAACUGUGAUGGAUUGGCUGGCCUGAUCCGCACGGAUAGCACCGACUACUUCAUUGAGCCCCUGGAGCGCGGGCAGCAGGAGCAGGAGGCUGGAGGGAGGACGCACGUGGUAUACCGCUGGGAAGCCAUCCAGCAGGAGUGGGCGGAGCCCCAUGGGGACCUCCACAACGAAGCCUUUGGCCUGGGUGACCUUCCCAACCUGUUGGGCCUGGUGGGGGACCAGCUAGGUGAAGCAGAGCGGAAGCGACGACAUGCCAAGCCAGGCAGCUACAGCAUGGAGGUGCUGCUGGCGGUGGAUGACUCGGUGGUUCGCUUCCAUGGCAAGGAGCACGUGCAGAGCUACGUCCUCACCCUCAUGAACAUCGUUGAUGAGAUUUACCACGACGAGUCCCUGGGAGCGCACAUAAACAUCGCCCUUGUUCGCCUGAUCAUGGUUGGCUACCGGCAGUCCCUGAGCCUGAUCGAGCGUGGGAACCCGUCGCGCAGCCUGGAGCAGGUGUGUCGCUGGGCGUCCUCCCAGCAGCGCCAGGAUCCUGGCCAUGCAGAGCACCACGACCAUGUGGUCUUCCUCACCCGGCAGAACUUUGGGCCCUCAGGGUAUGCACCUGUCACUGGCAUGUGCCACCCCCUGAGAAGCUGUGCCCUUAACCAUGAGGAUGGCUUCUCCUCGGCCUUCGUGGUGGCCCAUGAGACUGGCCAUGUGCUCGGCAUGGAACAUGAUGGUCAGGGGAACGGCUGCACAGACGAGACCAGCCUGGGCAGCGUCAUGGCGCCCCUGGUGCAGGCUGCCUUCCACCGCUUCCACUGGUCCCGCUGCAGCAAGCUGGAGCUCAGCCGCUACCUGCCCUCCUACGACUGCCUCCUCGACGACCCCUUUGAGCCCACCUGGCCCCAACCCCCAGAGCUGCCCGGGGUUGACUACUCAAUGGAUCAGCAGUGCCGCUUUGACUUUGGCGCUGGAUACCAGACCUGCUUGGCGUUCAGGACCUUCGAGCCCUGCAAGCAGCUGUGGUGCAGCCACCCCGACAACCCGUACUUCUGCAAGACCAAGAAGGGGCCCCCGCUGGAUGGGACCGAGUGCGCACCAGGCAAGUGGUGCUUCAAAGGUCAUUGCAUCUGGAAGUCACCGGAGCAGACUUACGGCCAGGAUGGAGGCUGGAGCUCCUGGACCAAGUUUGGGUCUUGUUCAAGGUCGUGUGGCGGUGGAGUGCGGUCCCGCAGUCGGAGCUGUGACAACCCCCCCCCAGCCUAUGGAGGCCGCAUGUGCUCGGGGGCCAUGUUCGAGUACCAGGUCUGCAACAGCGAGGACUGUCCGGGGCCCUACGAGGACUUCCGGGCCCAGCAGUGUGCCAAGCGCAACUCCUAUUACACCCACCAGAAUGCCAAGCACAGCUGGGUCCCCUAUGAGCCUGAGGACGAUGCCCAGAAGUGUGAGCUGAUCUGCAAGUCAGCAGACACAGGGGAUGUGGUGUUCAUGAACCAGGUGGUCCACGACGGGACACGCUGCAGCUACAGGGACCUGUACAGCGUCUGUGCCCGCGGCGAGUGUGUGCCCGUCGGCUGUGACAAGGAGGUGGGAUCCAUGAAGACAGAUGACAAGUGUGGAGUCUGUGGUGGUGACAACUCCCACUGUCGAACCGUGAAGGGGACCCUUGGCAAGGCCUCCAAGCAGGCAGGCGCUCUCAAACUGGUGCAGAUCCCAGCAGGUGCCAGGCACAUCCAGAUUGAGGCGCUGGAGAAGGCCCCUGGCCGCAUUGUGGUGAAGAACCAGGUCACCGGCAACUUCAUCCUCAAUCCCAAGGGCAAGGAAAACACAAGCAGGACCUUCAACACCAUGGGGCUGGAGUGGGAGUAUGCGGUGGAGGACGCCAAGGAGAGCCUCAAGACCAGCGGGCCCCUGCCCGAGGCUAUCGCCAUCCUGGUGCCCCCGCUGGCUGAGAGUGGCCCCCGCAAUAGCCUGGCCUACAAGUACGUCAUCCACGAGGACCUGCUGCCUCUCAUCGGGAGCAACAACGUGCUCCUGGAGGAGACCGACACCUACGAGUGGGCGCUCAAGAGCUGGGCCCCCUGCAGCAAGGCCUGCGGAGGAGGUAUCCAGUUCACCAAAUAUGGCUGCCGGCGCAGACGGGACCACCACAUGGUGCAGCGGCACCUGUGCGACCAGAAGAAGAGACCCAAGCCCAUCCGCCGGCGCUGCAACCAGCACCCGUGCCCCCAGCCCACGUGGGUGACAGAGGAGUGGGGAGCCUGUAGCCGGACCUGUGGGAAACUAGGGGUGCAGACUCGUGGGGUGCAGUGCCUUCUGCCGCUCUCCAAUGGUACCCACAAAGCCAUGCCAGCCAAAGCCUGCCCUGAGGACCGGCCCGAGGCCCGGCGGCCCUGCCUCCGGGUGCCCUGCCCGGUUCAGUGGCGGACAGGAGCUUGGUCCCAGUGCUCUGCCACCUGCGGACAGGGCAUCCAACAGCGGCAGGUGGUGUGCCGGCCCAACGCCAACAGUCUCGGGCAGUGUGAGGGGGACAAGCCGGACACCGUCCAGGUCUGCAGUCUGCCCGCCUGCGAAGGAAAUCUCCAGAACACCACCAUGAAGACUGGUGUCCCAGAGCCUGUGACUCCAGAGAAGCAGUGGGUACCAAAACCUGGGCCCCUAAACCCCAUUAACAAGAUAUCAACAGAGCCCUGCGUGGGGGACAGGUCCAUCUUCUGCCGGAUGGAAGUGCUCGACCGCUACUGCUCCAUCCCCGGCUACCACCAGCUGUGCUGUGAGUCCUGUACCAAGAAGGCCUCAGGCCCCAGCACUAGCACUGACCUGAGGCUCACCUCACCACCCCCCUUCUCCACUCCUGGGAGCCCCUUACCAGGACCCAAGGCCCCUGCGGACACCAUGGAGCCCGCGGGGAGACCAAUGGGAUCAGAUGACCAUCAGCACGGCCGACCCACACAGCUCCCAGGACCUGUGGGCACAAGCCCCCCAGUGACCCAGCAUCCAUCUGCCCCCCAGAAACUGAGCCCUGCAGUGUUCUGGGGUACUUCCCCUACCACUCCCCAGGAACUACCUUGGGGCUGGACUCAGGCACCAAUACCAGCCUCUAAGGAUGAAGUUCAACCCAGGGAAGACCCAAGGCAUCCGGGUACCAGUCUCCCUGCCACCUCCCCGGUUACAUGAGCCAUGCCCCCGUCCUGCCAGUCAUGUUUACACUGUGUGCUGCCCUGGCCAUCCUGGCCCAGAGGAUGCACAGUGGGACAGGGGCAAACCCAGGCUUCCUUUUAAGUUAUUGCCUUUUUGUUCCUAUUUGGGGAGGUAACACCCUUCACCCAUGAAGGGGUGGGAGGAGGAGAAAGAUCAGGGGAACCCUAACCAGAAAUACCUCAGCAAGCAGCCCCAGUGUCUAUGUGAGCCUCUGGGGGAGGGGCAACUAGCCUCUCUUGUGAGCACCGAGGGUUCUUCUUCACAGCCACAGGGCCCCAGGCAGGUCUGAAGCCCAUGCAGGGAGCUGCCAGAGCUGCCUGCCCACCCAGAAUUGUGUCUUCUCCCGUGGAAGCCCCUCUGCCCAGAAAAGCAAAGGCUGGCCAGGGGCUGGGGGACCACUCACAGUGUGAGAAGAAGGGGACUGAGUGUGGUUGACAGCUUCCUCACUUCAAAGCUGGGCCCCGGGGAGGCUAGUUCGUCUCAGGCCCCACUCCUGUGGUUGAGGGCUUGUGCAGCGAGGCCAGGGAGUAGAGGCCGGCUCACUCUGGCCUGCUGAGGGCCAGCCCGUGUGACCCUGCUCUGCCCUGCAGAGGUCACGUCUGUUUCUUCUAGAGACCCCAGGUUACAACUUCCAGUCCCACCCCAACCCCCAGGGGAGGGGCGAGGGACACUCUGAACCCAUGUCCUCAUCAUCCAGGGGUUCCAAACUGGUGCUAGGCCCCUGGCCAGGCCAGGAGCAGUCAUUGUAGUUAUCACUCUGUGUCUCGAAGGACUUUGUGGGACACAGCAGAGACCUGACUGCUCAGGCUGUGCCCCUCAAUCGUUGCCCUUCCCAGGCACUCCUCCUGCUGGAGUCAGGGGUCUUCUCCUUCCUGGCUCAGGUGGGAGGAGGUGUGUGGUGCUCUGAGGGGCAGUUGAGCCCCAAGCCUGACAACCAGCAUCCCCUCAUAGCCAGGCCCUGGGGAGGACAAGGACAACUCGGGCGGAGUACCCAGUGUGGGGUUGCAGGGACACUCUGACCCAUGGUGCUGCAGGGCCUCGGCCAGGCUCAGUGCCCUCCAAGAGGCAGGUAUCAACCCUAGCCCUCUGGCUGUGGAAAGUAGCCGGGUUCCAGGAUACCUCCCAGGGGUCCUCAUUCCUGGGUCCUGGAGGGCGUCUCCCAGCCUCCUCACCAAGUGACAGAGGUGCUUGUCAGUUUGUUCUUCCUUUCUCAGGGCCGGUAGAAGGAGCCAUGAUCCCCGGCUCACAGGUGGGGCUCAUGAAUAGAGAUGGGUUCUCCUAGGUGCCAGCUUCUCCCGUGGGCCCUGGGGCACACGCUGAGGCGGUCCCAUGAGCAGCAGCCUGGCCUGGGCUGAGGGCUAUGCUCUUCUGUGCCUGGUGAUCCAGACAGCUGACAUCUUACCAUAUUUAUUAACAUUGCUCUGUGUCCUGUUUUGGACUUCUGA